AUGACAGAAUUGCCAGCAGGAAAGACUCCCAUUGGCUGUAAGUGGAUGUAUAAGGUCAAACACAAAGCAGAUGGAUCUAUUGAAAGAGACAAAGCUAGGCUUGUAGCCAAAGUUGUUGCAAUGGGAUGGGAUAUUCAGCAGCUGGACAUUAAUAAUGCUUUCAUACAUGGGGAUCCCGAAGAAGAGGCCUACAUGGUUUUGCCUCCUGGAUUUCAUAAUGAUAAACCUAAGCAAGUCUUGCAAGAUAAUGGCUUUCUACAAUCCAAAAUUGAGACCAGCGGUAAUCCAGCAAUCCUUUUCAAGACACAUCCAAAUGUCAACAAGGAAUUGUUUUCCAAUGAAAAUAUUCUUGGCCUCAAAGAUCCAAAUAGGCCUUUUCCCGCUGGCCAAUCUGGUGAUGGUGUUGGUCUGUUGAAAUGGAGAAUGCAAUCAACAGAUGAGUCAAUUCUGCCAUUGACACUUAACUGCUGGCCUUCAGUUUCUGGAAACGAAACCUAUGUUAACAUUGAGUAUGAAACUCCAGCAAACAUUGAUCUUCAGAAUGUUAUAAUUUCUGUGCCUCUUCCAGCUCUCAGAGAGGCCCCAAACGUACAGCAGAUUGAUGGGGAUUGGAGGUAUGACUCCAGAAAUUCUGUUCUGGAAUGGUCUAUAGUUCUCAUCGAUGCCUCAAAUCGCAGUGGAUCUCUGGAAUUUGUUGUUCCUGCAGCUGAUCCAUCAUCCUUUUUCCCAAUAUCUGCCCGUUUCAGCUCUUCUAAAACUUUCAGUGACUUGGAGGUUACCAACAUUUUGCCGCUGAAAGGUGGGGCCACACCCAAAUUCUCGCAAAGAACUCAGCUGGUUACUGAGAACUACCAAGUGGUCUGA